GCAACAUCAACUACUAGGAACAGCAAUUGAUAAAAAUAUAUUGUCGUAAAACUUCGACACUGAAAUAAGUUUCUUGUAUCUUUCAGAUACACAACUAAAGCGCUUAAAUUACAUAAAAUAAACAUGAAUCAACGGCGUUUUCUGGUUAUGAUGCUGCUUGCUGCUUACUAUUACGUGAUUUGCAGCGCGAAGUCGCUUGAACCAAUUGACUAUCAGGCUGAACUAUUUACUGGUAUGAAAAAUCAACCACUUAAACGCUAUCAAAGCAACGAGCCAAGCGAGUAUAAUACAAUUCAGGGGAAAAGUGACGAUACUGACAUAUUCGAUGAGCUGCAAGCUGACGUUUAUGAAAAUUUAGUGCGUUUGGUAAAAGACAUGCAAAAGGAACGGGAACGUUUGUCGAUACGUUACAAACCGAAUUUGGGUAAACGAACUCAGCUAUACAAAUGAAAAAUGCGCUCGUAUCGUGGAAAUAAAUGGGUAAUGCGAAAAUAAAUCUUCAAAGUUGAUGACAAUGCAAUGCUUCAAAAAUAAAUAGUGCUUAAAGGACAUUCAUGCAUACAUACAUAUAUAAAUAGAUU